AUGUGAUGGAGAAGAAGGGUGCUAUCUGCGUGAACGUUGUAAGAAUUGCAAUCAAACAGAACACAAAUUGACCACGGAGGGUUGUAUAAAAUACUGUCAAGAGUGUAAUGAAACGUGGGGUGAAACGAAAGGAUGCGAUCCAAAUGUCGAACAUGAUAUUAUCUUUAAAGAGGAUCCCAAUGAUAUGAAGCUGGAUUGA